AUGGAGCCCGGCUCGGGGAUCUUCGACCGUUCUCGGACGUUAUCGCAAGAUCGAGGAUCAAAGCUCACCAAUCACCGGAUGGAAGAAUGCGGAGACGUCUCCGGCCGUGACGGUAAGGCCAACAGCUGUCAAGAAGAAAAUAAUUUUUUAAAAGUGAAAAAAAGUUCUGUGCUAGUGAGAGAAUUAAGUGUUGCUGCUAAACUAGUCGAGAAUUCGCCGUCAAAUGUCAAGCCUUACUUGAAGUUGAUGAGAAUUGACAAGCCGAUCGGCUCUUGGCUGCUGUUCUGGCCCUGCAGCUGGAGCAUCGCCAUGGCUGCGGCACCAGGUGCCAUUCCUGACCUCCACUUGCUGGCGCUUUUUGGAGUUGGAGCUUUUGUGAUGCGCGGCGCCGGGUGUACCAUUAAUGAUAUGUGGGAUCGAGAUUUUGAUAAAAAAGUGGCGAGAACUAAGGACAGGCCGCUAGUCGCUGGGGAUAUUACGCCUUUUCAGGCGUUGGUUUUCCUUGGAGGACAGCUGAGUCUAGGAUUGGGCUGA